AUGUCGGGGAAUACUACAAUUGCAACAAUGGUCUCAAUCCACGAGCAAAAGCCGCGCCUGUCCAUUCCAGGGAGACUUCGCACCAGGCUAGAUCCCCAAUGGAUAGAGUUGUGGGAGAAGCACGGAAGCUCCAUGAUCAGAGCUGACGAACUCUCCAUCGAAGAGUAUCGUAAAACGCCAGCAAAUUUCGCCUUCACCUACCCCGUAUACUCCGGUGAGUUCACCACACAAGAGGAAAUAUUUGGUGUAUUUUGCAAGUCUGACCGUCGUAUUGGACAACUUGAAGGGCCACCCGUUUUCCAUGUCGAAGACAUAUUGAUUCCUGUCACCCAGCCCUCUGGGAAUAUCACAAUCAGAGUUUACUCGCCAGAAGGACCGGGGCCAUUCCCCGUUCAUUUGAACUUUCAUGGAGGUUUCGAGCUCACUUGCAACAUGUCGCUGAUUGGAUUUAGGGGGUGGGUCCUUGGAAACCUCAACUCCGAGGCAGCCUGGUGUCGCCAUAUGUGCAACAAUGCCCGAAUUAAAGUGAUAGAUGUUGACUACCGGCUGGCUCCAGAGUUUGUCUACCCCACGAGCACCUAUGACUGCUGGGAUGCUACUAUUGCAAACGCAUCCCUCCUCAACAUUCUACCAACAAGUGUAUCGAUUGGUGGUCUUUCAGCAGGGGGGCAGAUGUCUGCGGUACUGGCACAUUUUGCUCGCGACGAAGGUGUGGAUUUGAGGCUUCAGCUGAUGAUAGUUCCGGCAACCGACAUGCGAUACUGUCUUAAAAACCGCACACUGGAAAAGACAACGUGCCCUUAUGAAAGUGUACUACUCUACCAAGAUGUACCUUGGGGCCCACUUUGUAGAGAGCAGUGGUUUCUCAAGUACUGGCUUGGUGACGAUAAUGAUAUUCAAGAAGAGAUCCUGACCAAGGAUUGGAUUUGCACUCCCGUGCUCGCUCCUUCUUUCAAAAAUCUUGCGAGAGCACAUAUCAUUACGGCAGAGUGUGAUCUUGAGCGAGAUGAAGGUGAAUUUUAUGGCCGGCUGCUGGGUGAGGCUGGUAAUGAAGUUACUAUAAAAAGGUACCCAGGCAUGCCUCAUGCCUUUGGCCAUUACAAUCAUCCCGAGAGGGGACUCUCGCAAAGCUUUGCUUUUAUCAAGGACACAAGUCAAAUUCUUCGGGAGGUUCACUUUAGCCAUACAACAGUCUAG